UAAUUAGACUUGAUUGGCGUCUUCUGUGUCUCAUAUUAGCCACGCUCUCCCGGAGGUGCCGUCAGUUGAAUAAUCCAUAACUAGUAACUAUCACCACCAAGUCAUCACUAACAGGCAUUAGUUGUCUUUCCUCCUCCAAAUAUGGACAAAAGAAGCGUGACCACCAUCUCUGCCUGCGUGGAUGCUGCUGUUUCGUCACCUGGUUACCCCCCGCCGCCACUGCUUGUCUACAGGCGUGGGGUGAGGGCUCGCCUCAUGAGGCUGCUCCCGUGCUCCACGGUCAAAAAGUCAUCUAGCAGUGUUCAAAGCAAGUGCGAUGACAGCGUUGAAGAUGAGCUGGAGCUCUCUGCUGUCCGCCACCGCCCCGAGGGACUGGGACAGCUGGAGGCACAGACACGAUUCUCCCGCAAGGAGCUUCAGAUCCUGUACCGCGGCUUUAAGAGCGAAUGCCCGAGUGGAGUAGUCAAUGAAGACACCUUCAAGGAUAUUUACUCCCAGUUCUUCCCACAAGGAGACGCAUCAACGUACGCUCAUUUCCUGUUCAACGCCUUCGACACGGAUCACAACGGCUCCGUGAGUUUCGAGGAUUUUGUUAUGGGUCUUUCCAUUCUCCUGCGAGGCACCAUUCAGGAAAAACUCAACUGGGCGUUCAACCUUUACGACAUCAACAAAGAUGGUUAUAUCACUAAAGAGGAGAUGCUGGACAUCAUGAAGGCCAUCUAUGACAUGAUGGGAAAGUGUACGUACCCAGUACUCAAAGAGGAGACGCCACGUCAGCAUGUAGAAAUAUUCUUUCAGAAGAUGGACAAGAAUAAAGACGGAGUGGUCACUAUUGACGAGUUCAUCGACUGCUGCCAAAAUGAUGAAAACAUCAUGCGAUCAAUGCAUCUCUUUGAAAAUGUCCUUUAAAUCCGUGAAAGUGAAAUUUUUUGGGACUCGUGUACAGCGUGCUAUGCAGGUUUAUGCGUUUUAUUAAAUAAAAUAAUUGUUGUUCCUUACUGUGGGCCACCAGGAGGAGGAGCUGUGGUGACACUCUUGGAAGCGUCAAUCGGUUUUACUUACUUCCUGCCAGGUGACAUCACUGUGACUUUUUGAGAAAAAAAACAUCAUUCCAUCCAAUGAAGAAUGUUCCAUAGUGUCUCCACUUCUCUUAGUGGAUACAUGUAUAUAUUUAGUAUAGAUACAUGAUGGAAAGAAUCAGGAGUGUACCCGCCAACGAGGAGGUGACAUCCACACAAGCACACAAGUAGCUUCUAUUCAAUUUAUGUAGAAUAUUUGACAACACAGAUGCUUUUUAAGUGUAUUUUCUUUCUCGAGAAAAAUUAAGUUAUUUAAUGUAUAUGGUGUUAUGCUCCUUGUACAAAACAGGUCAUCCGUGCAGUAUUAAAAGAACAUUUGUGGGUUUGUUUGUGCGACUUUUAGCAGUUGCUCUGCAAGUAUGUGGACUUUCAUUUUAUUUUUCUGAAAAAUAUUCCCGAAGAAUGUAGUAUUUAUCAUUUUUAUUAUACCACGUGCUCAUCAUCACUUCUGAAAUUCGACUGGAUGACGCUUAUUUCUACAUUUAUGUAUAUAUAAAACACCACAUUAAA